AUGCCUGUGAUCUGUGCAGCUUACGGAUGCAACAGUCAGCUUGUCAAGGGAGAUGGAAUUUCUUUCUUUGCCUUUCCAAAAGAUGCGACCACGAGGAAAGUCUGGCUUCAUUAUUGCAAGAGGGACUUCGAUCUCAAGUACCACCACAAACUGUGCAGGAAGCAUUUCUCCAAAUGCAUGUUUGAUCGAGACCCAGAGAAGUUGGCGAGCCUGGGCUAUGAAAAUGCAGUAGCACGGCUAACAACAGGUGCUGUACCGGACAUUCCCCUGUCAAUUGAGAUAUCGAGUCCUUUGUCUGAAGUACCGAAACAACAACAACAACAACAACAACAAUAA